CCAAUAUAAAAUUGGGAAUAACGAACGUCCGAAUAUUUGUGCAUCGUGCUGCAAAGGAAGCUGCUCACUCGGGACCCCUGCUGUGAAAUGACCCUCACCGAUGUGCUGGCCGCCUCUGGAGGGGCGAUUGCUGUUUUCUACCUACUCAGACUAAUCUGGACAUGUUGGCGAGGACUCCAGGAGUAUUUCAUAUCCAAGCUGUGGAAAGUGGACUUGAGGAGAUAUGGACGAUGGGCAGUGGUCACCGGUGCCACAUCAGGCAUCGGCAAAGCUUACGCCGCCGAGCUGGCACAAAGAGGCCUGGAUGUUGUUUUAAUUAGCCGGUGCGAUGAAAAGCUUCGGACUGUUGCCAGAGAAAUAGAGGAUGAGUAUGGACGAAAGACUCGUACCAUCCAAGUGGACUUCACCCAUGGCCACAGUAUUUACCCCUACAUCGCCGCAGAGCUCAGAGGCCUGGAGAUUGGAAUUCUGGUCAACAAUGUAGGAAUGACCUAUUCUGAUAACUUUGCCUAUUUCCUGGAAAUACCAGAUGCAGAACAGAAAAUCACCCAGGUUAUCAACUGUAACGUACUGUCUGUCCCUCAGAUGACCAGGAUGGUUCUUCCGGGCAUGAUAGAAAGAGGCACAGGGCUCAUCAUCAACAUCUCCUCCCAAGUGGGCGUCCAUCCUCAGCCUUUGCUGUCCCUUUAUUCUUCCACCAAGAGUUUUGUGACCUAUUUCUCCCAGUGUCUGCAUGCAGAGUACAAGUCAAAGGGAAUUACUGUCCAGUGCGUGGCCCCCUUCAUGGUGUCUACUAACAUGACGAAGAACAUGAAGGCCAGCUGCUUGAUCAGGAGCGCUGCCGGGUUCGUCCACGAGGCUUUGAACACGGUGGGUUACACCAGCUACGCCAGCGGCUGCCUGUCCCACGCCCUCCAGAGCGCGGCUAUCGCCGUGUUCCUGCCUGAUGCAAUCCGCAUGUCUUCAUUCUUCAUGAAGAAGAUGCAAACCAUGGCGGAAAUGAGUCAGAAAGUCAGAGGAAAAGAAGAAUAACCGGCAUCUGCGUCUGCACAGACACUCGAGUUUACUAUAAAACAAGAUUACCAUAAAUGUCACAGCAUUAUAGUUAUCUCUGCUCUCUCCUCCAG